CUGCUCAGACUGAACUCAUAAUAAGAAUCUGUCUUCACUCAGGUCACAGAGGAAAAGUCUGAAGAGAAAAACUGAUCUGCUCCAUUUUUCCUUUAAUAAACAACUGGAAAAUUCAACUGGAAAGUUCUUUAACCUUCGGUCCACCGAGUCAGGACUCGGUUUAAUCUGAAGUUUCACUGAGACGCUCAUGUUUCUAUGAUGGAUGUUAAUGAUUUGAUUAAACUGUUGUUCAGAGAAUUCUUCAUUCACACAAAGAAAAAUCUGUUUAUUCACUGAUUCAAACAACAACAACAGGAAAAAAUCAGUUUACAUCAUUCUUCUUCUUCUUCUUCUUCUUCUUCUCCUCGUGUCUGGAUGAAUCAUUUCCUGUGACCUGGUGAGUAACUCCAACAAACAAACAAACAAACAAAUAAACUCAGUUAUUUUCUGGAGAUCUUCAUCAUGUUGAUGUUUCAUCACUGAGUCAGUUUGUGUUUCUCAUGUUGAAAGAAAAAACUUUAUUGACACGUACAGUCAAAUAUAAUAUGAGGGGUGAACGUGAGUACUCGGAGUACUUCGUGUACUCCUCCUCUGUGUGUUGUUAUUUAUCUGAAUCAGAUUCUUAAAAACCAUGGUUCCGCACUGUGCGUCAUGACGUCACCGCCCCGCCGACGUGCGGUGUCGUAGAGAGUGAUGACGUAGUUAAAAAAAAGAAGCGUCCCUUACCGGGAGGAAGAGGGCGAGCGUCCUGCACGAGGACAGGUGAAUCACCAUGACAACAGAGCCAGGUGAGCCACAGGAGGCCCAGCCCAAAGAGGCAGAGUCUUUCCCCGAAGCUGCUGCCCACUCCACACCUAAACAGGGUGGGCAGACCCAAAACCAAGCUCAGAGCUCACUGGCCGAGGACUCGACCAGUCACCUGUCAUCGAGCAGUCGCAUCGCUCGCUCUCCAGCCAGACACCCACUGAGCUUCAGGACGAUGCAGACGAGAGUGACCCUGCUGGACGGCUCGCUCUUCACCUGCACUGUGGAGAAACGAGCUCGUGGUCUGCAGCUGUUUGAGAAAGUCUGUGAACACGUCAACCUGCUGGAGAGAGACUACUUCGCUCUGUCCUUCAGAGAUGCCGACAACAACAAGAACUGGUUGGAUCCAGCGAAGGAAAUGAAGAAGCAGGUCAGAGGUGUUCCCUGGAACUUCUCCUUCAAUGUGAAGUUUUACCCUCCUGACCCCGCUCAGCUCUCUGAGGACAUCACCAGGUACUUCCUGUGUCUCCAGCUCAGACAGGACAUCGUCUCCGGUCGUCUUCCUUGUUCCUUUGCCACUCACACUGUCCUCGGCUCCUACACCGUCCAAUCAGAGCUCGGAGACUACGACCCAGAUGAGUGUGCUUCAGAUUACAUCAGUGAACUUUGUUUUGCUCCAAAUCAAACUAAAGAGAUGGAGGAGAAAAUCAUGGAGCUGCACAAAACCUACAGAGGAAUGAGUCCAGCUGAGGCAGAGAUGCACUUCCUGGAAAAUGUGAAGAAACUUUCCAUGUACGGAGUCGACCUUCAUCACGCGAAGAUGGUAGGAAGCCGCUUUGAUUGCUUGUCUCCAGCUCAGUCAGAGGACUCGGAGGGCGUGGACAUUAUGCUGGGCGUGUGCAGCAGCGGUCUGCUGGUCUACAGGGACCGACUGAGGAUCAACAGGUUCUCGUGGCCGAAGAUCCUGAAGAUUUCAUACAAAAGAAACAACUUCUACAUCAAGAUCCGACCUGGGGAGUUUGAUCAGUUUGAGUCCACGAUUGGUUUCAAGCUGCUGAACCACCGAGCAGCAAAGAGACUGUGGAAGGUGUGUGUGGAGCAUCACUCCUUUUUCAGGCUGGUGUCUCCAGAGGAACCUCCAAAGAAGUUUCUGACUCUGGGUUCCAAGUUUCGGUACAGCGGUCGGACUCAGAUUCAGAGUCGCAGAGCCAGUGCACAGAUUUCCAGACCUGCACCGCAUUUCCCACGAUGCAUCAGCAAGAGGAACAUGCUGAGCCGCAGCCUGGACGGAGGCUCGAGGACCACGCCCUCUCUGAUUGGCUCUCCAGCCAUCACGGCUUCCCCUAAAGCCAACGGUGGUACACACACAGAUAUGGGCACAGGGCUGUAUGCAGCGUCUAAAGCCAUCGCCGUCAGUGACCUCAUCACCACGGUAACGCCUGAGAGACGGACUGAGGAGAGGAGGGAGGAGCAAGAAGAGGAGGUGCUGGUGGUGGAGGAGGAGGUGCAGCAGGUGAUGCAGGUGGAUAAACAGGAGGUGGAGGAGGAGGAGGAGACCAGAGUAAGAGAGAUUUCUCAGCAGAGUCCUCCAACUCCUCAGAAACAGGACACCAAGACAGAGCUGACUGACACAGCUGUGGACGGAGACCUGACAGCUACUGAGUCUGAUCAGGAUGAAGAUUUGAAAACUCAGGAGACGUUGGGUAGUCCCGAGGAGGCGCAGAAACCUCAGAGCACCAUCAGUGCUCUCAGGCGCUCCUUUUUAGAGGGAGGAGGAGGAGAAGGUGGCAUGACAGAGUGGGAGAAACGUCUGGCUUCCUCACCUGUACGACGGCCCGACGACUCCCCGAUGAUUGAACCUCUGGAGCCUGACGAGCCCCUCCCAUUGGACAGCAGCUCUGCAGAGGAGGGCGGGGUCACAACAAACCAAGCUCAGCCAAUCAGAGAGAAGAGCUACACUGUGGGGCGGAGCUACGACACCACCUCAGGCAGGAUCAUCACCAUGACGACCAGCGAUGAUAGCUUAGACGUUGCCAUGAUACCGAGUGCUGAGGUGGGCAGACAGGUCAGAGUCAUCCCACUGUCCACUGCUGAUGAUGUCAUCACAGGGGGACCGCUUAUCACGAUUCGUGAGGUGAAGACGCCGACCUCACCAUUGGAGCCGUCGCCCAGCCUCUGUGGCAUCCUAAAUGAUGUCAUCGGUGAGACCAGAGGAGUUGGAGCCAAACUGCUGGACCAAGAGGGCGGAGCCGCUGUGAUGCCACCUCUGACCCCCCUCCUCCAUCCUAAAUCACCUGUGGAUGAGCUGAGCCUAAGCCCCGCCCUCAGCAGGAAGUCGCCCUCCAUGGCCAGAGUGCCUAAACCUACAUUUGAUGAAAUGUCUCCUGAACUGACUGCUCUGCUGAAGUCGGCCAGAGAACAAAAAACCUUCAGAGAACACAACCUGCUGAAGACUUCCGAGAUGGUGGAGACGGUCUUCCUUAUGACGGAGUCACAUGACCAGGACCAGCCAAUGGAGGACCAGCCCCAGGAGGUCCCGGUGAUGAGGAAGACUCUCACAUAUGAAGCUCCAGGGAGCCGAGCGGACUCUGAUCCUCCUUCAGGUCUACUGCUGAGCUCCCAGACCUUCACCGCAGAGACCUCCAACACCACCACCACCACACACAUCACCAAGACGGUAAAAGGAGGAAUUUCAGAAACAAGAAUCGAGAAGAGAAUCGUUAUUUCUGGAGACACAGAGAUCGACCACGACCAGGCUCUGGCGGUGGCGCUGAGCGAGGCGCGGCGGCAGCAUCCUGAGUUGUCAGUCACACGAGUCGUCGUCCAUAAAGAAACUGAAGUCUCUCCUGAUCAUGUGGUUGAUUAGUAACAUCACAGGACUGAAGCUCGGAGCCUCUCCUGCAUUAUGGGAGUUGUAGUCCAGACUGCAGCACCAACAGAGACACAGUUUGCAGCAGCAACACACACACACACAUACACAUGCAUGUACACUGGUCUACACACACACACACACACACACACACACAGCGCCUGUCUGUCUGAGUACGGCUGGAGCAGAGUUAGCUUCAGUUAGCAUUAGCUCAAUAGAAAGAGUAGAUUUAGUAGAAAGCUUAAUGAUGACAUUUUCACAUUUAAGACAAAGAGAGACUUCUGUGUGUAAAGGAAUAAAAUAUAGAACAGACAGGUGAGAGACAGACAGGGGGUGCUGCUGUGAUGCCAUCAACAUGUUCCCAUAGCAACCAGAGCUGGUCAACCUCUGAUGAACUGUCCUCACAAAUUAACUUCUGCUGCAUUUACCUUGUUAUUAAACAAGCCCUGCCCCCACACAGACACACCUGAGCCCCCCCAACAGGUUAAGCAGAUAUCUGAUUGGCUGGUCGACUCAGGUGUGUUUGCUCCUGAUUGUAUGGUGGAAGAUCACAGCUUUAUGAAACAUUCAGUAAACAGUUUGCAUCACAUCUGACUAAUCUGUGAUGUCACACCUGACUCUCACCUGUCUCACCUGUCACGACCUGGGUCUUUUAUUCUGAUGCAGUCUGAUGCAACCUGUUUCCUGUCUGAAAUGUAAAUUAGCAUGAAUGCUAGCACUGUAACCGUUCACUGUUUAGCAGCUAAAAUUCAGCUCGGUAUUUACCCAUAAUGCAAUAGUAAUGUGCCAUUCUCUCAUCUUGCUACUGAAGCCACUGUUAAGGAUUAUUUUUCAUGUGUCUAUGCAUUUAUUUAUUUAUUGAUUGAUGGAUGUUAUAAACAGAUCACUCCCCCCUGGUGUCAGGUUACAGACUGGUCCCCCCCCCCCCCCCCCCCCCCGGUGUCGGGCUCCAUGUUCUUCUUUCUUUAUGAUAAACACUCUGAAUGUGUCUUUACCCACUGAACUAAAAUAAAAUGAUAAACAACUA